AUGGGUAUUCGUAUCUCGUCGCUGUAUCUAAACGUUGUGUUGCAACCGCCCACCGUUGCAACACCGCCGAGGCCGGAGGACGAGAGCGGAAGGGGUGGCGAUCGCAGAGACGGGGAGGAGACGGAAGACCCGUUGGAAAGACAACUGAUCGCCAUACUAACGGAGGAAUCGCCGGCAAAAACGGGGCUGGUGGUCGGGGGUGUGGAUGGUUCGGAGAAAUCCCUAACCGAACUGACUGAUUCAGUUGCAGAAGAAGGAACCGGAAUGGCGACCCAUAGGGAGAGCCGUCCGGAACCGGACCGGCCGCGCGAGAGACCUCCAGAGCCGGACCUGCCGGUCCUGAGCCCCCCGGAACCGGACCAGCCGCGGAGGAACACCCAGGGACCGGACCGGAAGCGCCCGAACCUGGGAGAGCCAGGACGUGACGGACCGGACCCUCCGGAGAUACCGGUCGAGGAGGCCCAGAAGCCCAAGGGACCGGCGGAUGCUUUAGAAGAAGAAGAGAGUGAGAAAAACUAA